AUGCAAUGGGGAGUGCACAGGACAUCUGUAUCAUGCACAUUUAAAAGAAACUUACAGAACAGUGCUGUGCUCUUUGCAGGACAAGACUGGAGAAACAAGCAUGGAUUUGCUUGGAUUAAUUUCAAGAAUGGGCCAUUGACAGAUCUUCCAGGCUGGAGCUUUGCAGAUGGACAUCCAGCCUCACUGUGGAAAGGCCAGAUCAGGAGACUAGAAGAAAACAAGGCUUUAGCUUGA